GCCACCACGCAGCUCGAGCUUUCACUCACUACGGAUUUGUCGAGUUCUGCUGAUCUCAGUACGGUUUUGGUAUAUAUUUUUUUUCACUCCUGAACGAAUCUCCUCAGUUGUUUUCCUUGUUGCGCGCACAGUGCUGUUUUACGCGUGCAGUCUCCAGGUGCGCACACAGACUCUUCUCUGAACUUUUUUUUUUUUUUUUUUUUUUUUUUUUUUGCACAACCUACCUGAGUUGUGUCCCCCCCUCUCUGCACGCCUCCACUCCUCUCCACCAUGGAUUUGGUUUGGAUUGUGGGCUUGGUUGUGAGCGUCUGCUCCUGGUUUGCUUCAGCGGAGCGACACAGCGUCUACUGGAACAGCACGAACCCAAAGUUUCUGUGGGACGACUAUGCCGUGGAGGUGAAGCUCAACGACUACCUGGACAUCGUAUGCCCCCAUUAUCCUCAGGGUGAGGUGCCGUUGCUGGAUGCUGAGAGAUACGUGCUCUACAUGGUGGAACGCGAGGACUACGAAUCCUGCAAGCCCCAGUCGUACGAUCAGAUGCGCUGGGAGUGUGGCCACCCGUUCGCUCCUCACGCCCCCGAAAAGUUCUCUGAAAAGUUCCAGCGUUUUACUCCAUUUACUCUGGGAAAGGAGUUCCGCCAAGGAGAAAGCUACUAUUAUAUCUCCAAACCUUUGCACCACCAUGGAAAGGAGUGCCUCAGGCUCAGGGUGGACGUCGUAGCUGCUGAUGGCUCUCAAGAGGCCAGAGUCGCUAAAGGAGGCACAGGUGGGGCUGGAGUUGGAGCUGAGGGUGGGGUUCAUAACCCAUCCAACAGACUGCCUGCAGCAGAUGACCCAGUGGUAAUCCUGCCAGACAUCCAGAGGGUCACAGGGAAGAGCUCUACAGUGGCAGCUACAGCCUUCACAUUGCUAGUCCCAUUUUCAUUACUGCUAUUGUUGCACUGAGAGUACAUGAAAGGACUGCUGUUGGCAGACAUCUUUUUCAGGGACUACAAUGAAGACAGUCCGUGGGGAUGAAACCACUGACUCAAAAAGACAGAUUUCCAUGCCCAGUGCUGGCCACAGGGAGAGACUUUUGAAGCUUGUAAAGUACAGAGAGACUCUCUUGCACUACACGUGCCGAGUGACUCUGAGCGUUUGAGACAAAGUAUGUGUGCUUCGUCUUAUUUUUCAAAAGGUGACAGUAUGUUUUUUUUCUCGGAAAGACCCAGCUCUCCGUGAUUUGUAUUUUUUUUUUAGGGCUCUCUCCAAAAAACUUUUUGGAUGAUAAUCCCAGAAGAAAAUAUGAGGAAAUCGAAGAGGAACCUUAAGUGGCCGAAGAACAAUCAAGAGCAAAGACACCAACUCUGUUUGAAUUCAAUAGAUAUCCAUUAAGACGGAAUAAAUCCAUGUUCAAUGGAAAAGUAAUCUAUUACCUUUUGAGCCAAAGAUCAGUCAUCUCUCCAACUUGUACACUAAUCCACCCUUGCGUAUUGUGUACUAUUUGUUGUAUUGUUCUUGUAAUGGUAUUGAGUGGCAUUGAUGUCCCAAGUGAUUACUUUCUCUAAAUGUAGCAUUGACAGACACAGGGGCUGUUCUCAUGACUACCAUUCCUUUGCGAACUCGACCAUGUGCUUAUAUACUGUAGCACUAAUACUGCACAGUACAGAGACGCCUACACACACACACACACUGCACGGCACAGACACACCUACAUACGCUCCACACACACUGACAUCAGAUGACAUGCGGUAACACAUGAGAAACACUACAUUGAACUGUGUUACGUGUACAUUCUGUGAAGAUAAUUUAUGACAUUUGCAGCUGAGACGUUUUACUGUAUAUACCAUGUGUUCACGAAAAGAAAUGUUUACCGUUGGCUAUGGGGAGAGCCUCUUCUCUCUCUCUCUCUCUCCUGGUAGAGUUUGUACUUGUGUGAAAGGGAAAAUGUGUGCGUUGAUGUGAGAGUUGAAAAAAAAAAAGGGAGCGAGUGAUGAGACAAAAUGCAAAACACUGAGACGUUGUGUUCAUUGUAGAGAGGCUGGACUUCUCUGUUUGUUGGAUCUUGCCCCUGUAUUGGUUAAACAGUCUGACACGAAGAGCUGGGAUCAGAUCUUUAUUACUUAACGGACCCCCUCAUGGUGCUUUCCUUCAUGUGUUCAAUCUCAGUUGGGAAAUAAGUGUAUGCUAACAAAAGGGAAGUAAUCAGAUAUUUAGACUUUCACAAUAAAUUCUCACAGUUUUUUGGAUCUCAUUUUUAAGACGUUAUAAUAGUCACCUACUCACAACAGACACGGCAUCAAACUGAUUUGCCAAGCACACCUUCACCUGACAGGCUGGCUCGAUCAACAAAGCACAACCGUGUAUGACUACGAUUGAAGUCGGUCUUUUUUUAAUCUGAAUUCUUGUUACCUAAUUUUGUACAUGUGUAAGUAAGAGAAGUGUAUAUGUGUGUAUAUAUAUAAAUAUAUAUACAUAGAAGAUUAUAUAAAGACUUGUUUGAUAAAUAUGCUAAAUGUGAAGAUUUCAUGUGAAAUAAAAAGAUAUUUUUUGAAAACCA